AUGAAAGGAACCCCUCCCAGAAACUCUUGGAGACAAAAGGAACACCCUAGACGAAAGGAAUGCCCCCUGGAGACUCUUGGAAAUAAAAAGAACACCUUCCAGAGAUUCUUGGAGACAAAAGGAACACCACCUGGAGGCAAAAUGGACUUCUGGAAACAAUUAAUUCGUAAUCCACCAGUGAACCAUAAAAUUUGA